GGCGAUUGAAAAAUCUCUGCGCUGAACGUGACGUUCAAUGUCUGCAGCAGGGAGGGCAGAGGUGAGAAGAGAACGGUCUUCUUGCACGCGGCUGCGCUGUUUGUCUGAUUUGCGCUGCCCCCCUCCCUCCUGUUCGCGUCGCGCGGCGAGGGAAGCAGGAGCUCCGCGCUCAGCCCAGCAGCCGACCUACGUGAAGUCAUAGAGGCGACGCUGUUCCUCCUCUUCAGACGCCAGGUCGAAGGACGCAGUCUAGGCACUGCUUUUGCAGCAGUGCCAUUCGCGGCUCUUUACGGUCUUCCAUCUCCAUCUCCAACGCCGCGCUUCGCUGUGGGAGCGAGCUUUUGACAUUCCUCUCUCGUCGAACUUCAGGCAAUCCUGAGUCGCCUCCCUUCUCGCUCAUUGUUGGUUGGUGGUGGCUGUAAUUGUGGAUCCCAACUCCGACGACAUCGCUGCUGCUGUCAAUCUCGUCGUCAUGGACACAGACCAGGGGAAAUUGUUCAUCGGUGGAAUAUCAUGGGAGACGACGGAAGAAAAGCUGAAAGAGUAUUUCGAGAGAUACGGCGAGGUUGUGGAGACGAUUAUAAUGAAGGACAGGGCCACGGGUAGGGCUCGCGGAUUCGGGUUUGUCAUCUUUGCGGACCCUGCCGUUGCCGAUCGAGUGGUUGCAGAGAAGCAUACGAUCGAUGGGAGACAGGUCGAAGCGAAAAAGGCCGUGCCGAAGGAUGAACAGCAGAAUAUGCAUAGGAGCAGCUCCAGCGGGCCUGGACAAGCCGGUCAGACGCGGACAAAGAAGAUUUUUGUUGGUGGUUUGGCGUCCUCGGUGACUGAAGAGGACUUCAAGAAAUAUUUUGAGCAAUUCGGGACAAUUACCGAUGUUGUGGUCAUGUACGACCAUACUACUCAGAGGCCGCGCGGAUUUGGCUUUAUUACCUUCGACAACGAGCAGGCUGUGGAGAAAGUACUCCAGAAGUCGUUCCACGAGCUGAAUGACAAGACUGUAGAAGUGAAGCGUGCGGUUCCUAAAGAGAUGAAUCCCAGUGGUGCCGGAGGUGGGAGAGGAGGCUUCGGUGGGCGUGGAUUCGGUGCAGGUUAUGGUGGCUACGGACCGGGCCCGUACGGCGGUGGCAGGGGCGAUCGAGGAUAUCCUGGUCCGGGCGGUCGAGGUGGAUAUGGCUAUGGUGGAAACAGUGGCUAUGCGGCUGGCGGGGGCUAUGCAGGAGGGCAAGGCUAUGGAGGCGGGCUUAAUGGGUCGCUUGGCGGUGGUGGGUAUGGUGGUGGUGCGUACGCAGGGGGAUAUGCCAGUCAAGGUGCUGGGUAUGCGGCAGCAGGAGGCUACCCUGCUGGCGGAAAUGCAGCUGGGUACGGAGGGGGGAAUGCGGCUUACGGCCCUGGCGGCAAUGCGGGGUACGUUGGGCAAGGUGCCGUUGGAGCGGGGGGCGGUGCUGCACGAAGCACUUGGGGAAGCGGUGCAGGCGCGGGCUAUGCUGGAGGCGCUAAUUCGGCCGGCUACCCAGCUAACAAUGCCACAGUGGCAGGUUAUGGCAAUGCAGGGCAAGGAUGGGGAACGGGCAGCGGGCCUUCCGCCGUUGGAUCUGCCGCGGCUGCUAGUGGGUAUGGCCAGAGCGGUGGAUAUGGAGGUGGAGGAUAUGCCACGAAUGACCAAGGCUAUGGAGCUGCCGGUGCUGGCGCUCAAUAUGCUGCCGCCAGGUCGAGUGGUGGAUAUGCCAGUGGAGGUACCUCAGGCGGGUAUGGUGGAUCUGCAGGCGGCGGGAGUAGCUAUGGAAACUACGGCGAGAUGUACGGAGGGUCGGGCUACGCCAUGGACCAGGGCACAUGGGGCCGAGCAGGCGAUUAUGGUGUAGCUCCUAGUGGAGGAUCUGCUGCGUCAGGGGGAGGUUAUGGCGUUGCCGGGGUAGCGGAUGGAGCCAGCGGAGGCUAUGGCGGUGGCUAUGGUGUCGGCCGACAGCAGUCUCAACGAGUAUGAAGACCGUGGCUGGGAGCUGACCACCUGCUGGAUGCAGGAGGUGGAAGAUAUUGCCGUGUAGAUUAAAUGGUCGCCAAAGCCCCAAGCAGCGUAGGCGUAGGUGAUUAACGAGCGUGUUGUUGUUGAGACAGACUGAGGGAGCGGCGAAUAGGGGCAGCAACAGCCACAUCUCGUUGCGGUGAGAUUAGCAACGGCGCAGAGAAGAAUGCAAGACGGGCGGACAGUUGCAGGUAAUGGUAAGUGAGGGGAAGGAAAUGCAAGAGAGAGAGAGAGAGAGAGAGAGAGAGAGAGAGAGAACAUUCGGUGGUGAAGGGCUGUGUGGCGCAGGUGUGGAAUGGAAGGAGAAGUGAUAGCUGGUUGUAUUCUGUUGUGGCUUGCGAGGAGGUUAACGCGUAGUAGGCAGGGGCAAAAGUAAAUACGAAAUGUUUUGGACGGUAGUGUGGGGUGUUUAGAAUGUCGGCCCCGAUUUAUUUCAAGGCCCUUAUCCUGACAUUGUGGCUGGUGUGCCACAAAAAGCAGGAGGAAGUUGCAAGAUGAGCGCGUUGAUCAGUUCACACUGCAGCAGUGUGUUGCGCAGACAGAUUGUGUGCGUGUGUGUGUGAGAGAGAGAGAAAGAGGGAUCGAUGGGUAAUCGAUUUCGUUGAUUGAUUGAGAGUUUGGGGGAGGGGGGGCGGGGGGAGGGAGGAGGGGAAAGGGAGGGUGAAGUUUGGGGGUGAUUGGAGAAGGGGAGAGGAAAGAAGCGGGCCAAGGGCGGGGGAAGGAUCGUAAGAGGUAAAGGUUGGACAUCUUCCGGGGGUCCAUAGGGUGAAGAAAUUUUUUGUUGACUGUGUUUGGUGAGGAGGGUAUGUCAGGAGGAUAAGGUGGUUUUGUGCAUAAGUAGUAUGAAAUUCAUCUUGAAGGCGAAUAAGUUAAGAAGACGAGACGAUUAGUCCUUAUCGGAUAGUGUUACGCAACUCAGCUCUACUGCAUUCACAGUUAUUGGUUCCCUGAUCGACGAAAUGCGGAGCAGGGCUAGACUCCAGCCCAGCUGUGUUGUUGUGUAGUAUUGGUAUCGUUGAGCCUUGUGGUGCUUUGCUUGAAAAUUUUCCCUGAUUUUUGGAGCAGGCGUUCUGUUCUUCUGAGAUCUGGAUCCUUGAGUUGGGAUUUGAGGCAAUCCAAUCCAAAUAUCUUUCUACACUAGUUGGCCCGAGGAAGAGUAUUUUUUCGGUAUCUCUUACUUUUGGGCAUGACGAGCUUUGAUCACAUAAUUUGUGUUUCCCCCCCACCCCACCCCCACACCCCACACACACACCCCAUCCCCCUUCCACCCCGUCCCCCCCCCCCACCCCUAUCUUCUCUACGCCCUCCGUCCGUUCUCCCCAAAGCACGCCCCCCCCCCCACCUUCUUACCCCAGCCCCUCCUCAAAAAGGCGUCUUCCUCGCGUCCUAUUGCUUGCAUCUCCUCGGCUGAUAUUUGAGUCCUGCCUGUUGAUUGGACAUGUAGUUUGUUCUCAUCUGGGCGUUCGACAGGUUCGGCACGGGAAUAGUGUCAAUGUGAUAAUGCAGAGGGAUCAGGAAGCAACGUGUCGUUUGGCAAUUGCUCAUAGGCUGGCGAGUAAGCGAGGGGGAAGAGAGAGAGAGAGAGAAAGAGAGAGUGAGAGCGGCUGGCUUUUGGUUGAUUGGCUUGAAUGGGAAGCGGCGGGUCGGUUGCACUGGGGAAAGGGGAAUAGGUAUUGAACUCCAGUCAAGCUGAUCAGGAGGUAAAGCUGUCGGCUGAAGAAUCAGGAGCAGGUGAUCGAUGAGGAGUCUUGAAAGCCCUGUGGUUUGUGAGAAGAUUUAUCUGUGAGCAGGAAAGCGAGGUGGCUGGCAUAUGCGUGGGAAGCAUAUUACGUGGUGAGUUUGCUCGGCCCGCCGACAGAAUGCAAUUUGGCUGGAGUUGAGCGUGGAGCGGGGGAUCGCCAGGAGGGUCACCUUUGCUGCUUAUAUUGUUAUCGUGUGGGUCUGGUCACACAGCAUCAUAGGAGUUGCGUGUGUGCUUUCCACUUGUCCCGGUGACCGUCCAAUUUCCAUCCUGACGGUUGGCAGACCCAACUGUGUACUGCGUAGUAUAAAUCGGACUACGAGUACUAACUGCGGAUUGCUAGUCUAGGGCUUUCAUUCAUUUUGUCGGAUUGACUCUGAUUUAUUACAUACGAAUGAGCAAAUCUGCACAUCUUUUUUUUUAAAUAUUUUUUGCUUCAAUUUUCUGAGAAGAUAUUCUGAAUAUGUUUUGGUUCUUCAAGCCAUUUUUGAUGGUUAUCAGUAAGACUGGGUGGAAGGUGUGACGUUUCCUGUCUUUACGUUUGACCCUGC